GAACGUUGUCAGUUUUUAAUCGAAAGUGCAGUAAAAAAGAAGCGAAAAUUUGUCGUCGUUAAUUUUUUUUUUAAAUUUUCCAAAAAAAAAAUAUGGCGCUAAUUUUACGAACAUUAUGGGAUUACACGUACUUUCUGUUCAACGAAUACAAAGAUCCGCGAAAUGAGCAUUUUCCAUUGCUCGGAUCGCCGUUUCCCAUUUUUGGAAUUCUCGCGGCUUAUUUGUACUUUGUGCUGAGUAUUGGGCCGCGUUUUAUGGAAAAUCGUAAGCCUUUUGAUAUUCAGCGCAUUAUAAAUUGGUACAAUAUCGCGCAAGUGGUCAUAAAUUUAUUCAUUGGAGUUGUCGGUCUUAAAUAUUCGUAUCUCCAACCGGAUUUUAGUUUACGUUGCCAACCGAUUGACCACAAAACGACGCCUGAACGACAAAUUUUGCUAAAAGUCUGUUACGGCUUUCUGUUAUCACGAAUGUUUGACCUCCUGGAUACGAUAUUUUUUGUCCUGCGAAAACGUGAUAGGCAAAUUUCGUUUUUGCAUUUGUACCAUCAUGCUGGAAUUGUAUUUGGAGCGUACAUUUUUAAUAAGUUUAUGGCAGGAAGUCAUUCUGUUCUUCUGGGAAUCGUGAAUAGCUUUGUACAUGUCUUCAUGUACGGCUACUACUUCUUGACGUCAUUCAAGCCCGAACUGAAAGCAUCAAUUUGGUGGAAAAAGCACAUCACGCAGAUACAAAUUAUACAAUUCGUCAUUUUGGUUGUUCACUUUGGACUGCCACUUUUCUACACAGAUUGCAAUCAUCCGAAGGCGUUACUUUUCACGGGUGCCGUGCAAAAUUUGUUCAUGUUGAUACUCUUCAGUGAUUUUUACAUCAAAGCCUAUCUGAAAAAGCCGAAAACGGAAGAAGCAAUAAAACAAGAUUGAUUUAAAAAAAAUUAUGAAAUAAAUCAUUAAAAUAAUAUUUAUCGAAAAUUUAUCGAUU